GCGCCCGCCCAACCCUGCCCGUCCCCCGCCAUUUCGCACCGGGACGGGAAGGGAAGGGAAGGGACCCGGAGCGGGAAGGGAAAGGAGAGCAGAGGAAGGGACGCGACGCGAGCACGGCGGGUGCCGGGAGCUCCCGCGGCACGGCCAGCCAGGGAGGGACCUGCUUCCCGGUAAUAGCAGAGGAUCCUGACGCUGAAUGAGAAGGCACCGGCAGCAUCCUCGUUAGUGGGAGCCCAGCUCUGCUUAAUGUUGGUUUCUUUGUCAUCAGGUCUGCUAAAAAAUGACAGAGUAUAAACUUGUGGUGGUUGGAGCUGGUGGUGUAGGCAAGAGCGCCUUGACAAUACAGCUAAUCCAGAAUCACUUUGUGGAUGAAUAUGACCCCACAAUAGAGGAUUCCUACAGGAAGCAAGUAGUAAUUGAUGGAGAAACCUGUCUCUUGGAUAUUCUUGACACAGCAGGUCAAGAAGAAUACAGUGCAAUGAGGGACCAAUAUAUGAGAACAGGGGAAGGCUUCCUCUGUGUGUUUGCCAUAAACAAUACAAAGUCUUUUGAAGAUAUUCACCAUUAUAGGGAACAAAUAAAGAGAGUUAAGGACUCAGAAGAUGUCCCAAUGGUGCUAGUAGGAAACAAAUGUGAUUUGCCUUCCAGAACAGUAGACACAAAACAAGCUCAGGAUUUAGCAAGAAGUUAUGGAAUUCCUUUCAUUGAAACAUCAGCAAAGACAAGACAGAGAGUGGAGGAUGCUUUUUAUACAUUGGUGCGAGAGAUCCGACAGUACAGAGUGAAAAAAAUCAGCAAAGAAGAAAAGACUCCAGGGUGUGUGAAAAUUAAAAAAUGCCUUGUAAUGUAACAGGGGUGUUGAUGAUGCCUUCUACACAUUAGUUCGAGAAAUCAGAAAACACAAAGAGAAGAUGAGCAAAGAUGGUAAAAAGAAGAAAAAGAAGACAAAGACAAAGUGUAUAAUUAUGUAAAUACAAUUUAUCCUUAUUCUUAAGAAGUACUGAAGUAAUUUUGUACAUUACACUAAAUUAUUAGCAUUCGUUUUAGCAUUACUUUACUUUCUGCUUCAUGAUCCUGUUAGCUUUACCUGAAUGCUUGUUUUAAAUGACAGUGGAAACUUCAUUCCUCUUAAAGUGCCAGUAUUCUUUGACUGUUGGUUAAUGAAUUAGCAAUGCCUGUGAAAAUAAGAAAAAAAGGAAAAAAAAAAAACCAAAACAAACAAAAAAUACCCACAAAAAACCUGAGAACUGUCUUAGGACUCUUUGGUGCAUGCACAGUUGCUAACUUCCUAUUUUUCUUACUGAUUGUGAACUUCUGUUCUGUGUGCAAAGCAAACAGAUGAUGCUCUACACAUUUUAACAUCCCCUCUGAAUUUUUGGGUUUAUAAAUUUGGUUGGGAAAAAGGACUAGUUAGCAAAAGAAACUUUCAUUUCAUCCUUUCCUUUAUUUUAGACUGAUUGCAAUAGAGAGAGACCAGAAGCCUUUAUAGUCUUCCUGUAGAUUUUGCUUCUAGGCAUCUAGUCUUGUAGCAUUUCAGAUCAACUUUAUUGAAUGUAAAGAGAAAACUUUCAAAAAAAAUUUCACUGCAAUUUGUCACGGUCACUCCUUAAAUACUCUAUUUUUUCUAUAAAAAAUUUAAAAAAAAAGAAAAAAAUCUAAAAAUACAACAAUGCACACCUGGCAAUGGAAAAAGUAAAAGUUUAAUUAGGUUGAUUUGCUAUUGUUAAUGCAUUGCUUUAAGAGCUUCACUGACUUUUUGUGUCUGAAGAGCAAGGUGAAAUCCCCCUGUGUCGAAGCUUUAAGUAGCUUUGUUCAGUAGGGUCAGGAUUUCACCCUGAGUGUCCCUAGGAAAUACUAGAAUGCCUUAACAGAGAAGUUGAUUCAAAUUCUUAGGUUAUUUCGUACAUGGACCCAGAAUUUGCAUAAUAAUUAAAUCAAAAUCAGUCCUAAAUUAUGUAGUGGAGUAAAACCAUUCUUCCCCCCCCCCCCAAGAAUGGCAUUAAAUAUUUCCAGAUGCCCAUUUUGUGCAAAAUAGGGGAGAAAUUCUAAAUUCCAGCAACAUCAGAUGAGUGAAUGAAAGAGAUGAAUUUAGCUGCUUCAUGCAAAUAAUUUGGGAAUCCACUAUGCCAUGGAAAUGGUGUGGAAUUUGCACAAUCUGUCAGCAUAGAACAUGAUUUCCAGAGUCAGUGUUGUUUGUGUGAAGUCUGUGAAGUACUGAUUCAAUGGUUGGUGAGUGGCAUUCCAGUGUCUAGAGUGUCAUGAAGCUACACCAAGAGUUUAAUGUUGUCUUUCUCUGUGAUUAAGUUCUCUUGUGAUUUUUGUUCUUCUCUCCCCCCACCUUUUUUUUUUUUUUUUUUUCCUGAUUGGAAUUAAUGCAGGAUUUUUGCAGGAGCUUUCACUUUUUGGUAGUGCAGUAGCCUAGUUAUCCACUGAAGUACAAACCAGUAGUUACAGUGUUUCCAGUUCCUGGUGUCUCCCUGUAAAUGUGGAGUUGUUUCAGGAGAGCUUUGGUCCCUGAAGGUGCAUUUCUCCACAGGAGUUAACUCAGCUGCAGAGUGACACUGGAAGGUGUGACUCUGGGGUAUCCAAAAAAUAAAACAAGAAGCAGGAUAGUUCAGGACACUGGAAAAUUUGGAACAGGGAAUAGCAGCAUUGCCAUAACCUAAGGUAUUCCAUGGAAAUUUUACACAUGUAUGUAAAAAUUAGACGGUGUAACUUGGACCAUUUCUGUGAAAAGUAUUAUUUUGCUUCUACAAAAAAAAUCCCAGAGUGACUGUUGUAGGUGGAGACCUGCAAAGCUGGCAGGGAACACAGAGUGUCUGGAUUGUUCCAUAUUCUUUAAUUCCAUUGUGUCUGGAAGAAAUCAGGCCUUUUCCUGCCUGUGCCCCCUGUUCCCACCCUUCACCAAAAUCCAGACCCCUCCGCUCCUCUCAGCUUCAAUGUGAAAUCUAAGUUAUGAAAUAAUCUGAAAAACAGUAACAGGAGAACUUAAAUCUAUACUGUAAGGACCAAUAAGGAGUAAGAACAGAUUCUUUAUGUCACAAAAUAUUUCAGAGCUUCCAAGGUUAAAAUGUGUUGGAGACAGUUACUUGCACAUUUUAUACACUCUUGAUAAUAGAUGAAGAACGUAGCAAAAGUGGGUUGUAAGCCUUGAGCAAAUGGAAGUAAUCUUAAGGUUAUUUUAAUUUUGGUAACUGAGUCACACUGCAUGUCAAAUUAGGGCUGGUCGAAAAUUCUGAUGUUAAUUUAACUUAAAGCUGUUAGGAGAAUUUGUAGCUGAAAUGUCUUAUUCAUCAAAACUGGGUUUCUAUAGCUCUACUAUAAAGCUAUAUAUGAACCAGUGCUGGGGUUUUUCAGCAAAAGUGAGCUGUAGCUGCCAGUCUAAUUAAAUUAGUACAAAAUCCAUUUAGAUUAGCCCUUAUUUACUUGAAAAAAAAACCCAACCCAACCCCGUCCUUGCCACUGUUGUGCAGUUUUGUCUUCCUGUUUGUUGAGAUUUGGUGAAGUACGUUGGAUUGCAGCUUGCACAAGCUGCUCCAUCAUCACUGCCCUGUCCUGCCCUGUUUGAGAUGCUUCCACAGAACAUCCUUGGGUGCUGUGUCCCGAGAGCAGCUCUUGAGCAAGCCUGGGAGUCACUGCCCAUGUCACCAUGUCAAACUGCCUUGUGUCAGGGAGUAACACCUUCUUACAGUAGCUUUAUGUAACUGCUAAAUACCUGGGUCCUUGGUUUGCUCCAAAAAGAAUUAUUCUGACCGGUUUCAGUGCCCUGAAAUUUUUUGCUACUCUUUUGCUGUGUGGGCUUUGUUGCAGUAACAGGAUAAUGGGUAAAUACUGAUACACACAAUCUUCUGCUCUUGUCUAGACUAUAAAGCAAUACAAUUAUUACCUUCAAAGACCAUCAAACUGUAAAACAAAUCAUCGUGUCUCAAGUUUACAUAAAGCUACAUAGAUGGUAAAUCUUUCCUAACAUUUCUUUAUUCCACUGUCCUGUGUUUUCAUGUUGAAAAUACUUCUGCUUUUUCCUCUUGAGUGCCAACUUCUUACUAGAAUGACUUCUUAAUGUAAUAUGUUUACCUGGAAUGUAUUUUAACUAUUUUUGUAUAGUGUAAACUGAAACAUGCACAUUUUGUACAUUGUGCUUUUUUUGAUGUGGAACAUAUGCAGUGUGAUCCAGUUUUUCCAUAAUUUGGUUGUGUGACCUAGGAAUGUUGGUCAUGCCAGACAUUAAGUUAAAAAAAGGAAAAAAAAAAAAAAAGACCACUGUUUGUUUUAAAAUUUUUAAUGUUUUUAGGAGUAUGUGCUGUGAGGUGAUCUGGAAUUUGUCAUUUUUUUUGUCAAACUGUACUGCUCCUAUUUAUUGUAAUGUAAUAAAAAAUAGUUAUUGUGA